CAUUCCACCGGGAAGCUUUACUGCAGACCGACCAAGCCGAACAAGCUACUUGCCUCUUCUGCAAGAGUAUGAUGAUCAAAUAACAAGAUCUCUUAAGUUUAUUUAAACUCGGAAUUAUAUCCUACUUUUGAAGACUUGUUCUGGAUUAUUCGGAUCAGAAAGAACUUCGUUUCCUAAAUCUAGCUGCUAGUUAUUAUUGAAAACAGUUCAACAUUUACUACAAACAGACAAUCCUGAUGGACCAGAAGGUGUCUAGCAGUGACACCAAACAAACAGAGGAAAGCACUAUAGAGAAAGGAAUAAAGGAUUCUACAAUACCUGAAACAUGUGAUACAAAAAAUUUGAAUGGAAAAUUCAAACCAAAAUCAGCAGUUUCAGAGAAAGAUGCCAAUCUACAACAGAAAGCUAUAGACGAUUACACACACGCUCAAGAAAAGAAAACCUUAAGCACAAGCGAUAAGAAAGAGGACUUUUUUCAACUUCAAACAAAUUCCACUCAACAAAAAAGUGAUUCCACUCUCAAAAAUAAUUCAGAGACGGAAAUUUCAAAAAGUGAUGAUAAACAACCAAGAUCAACGUCUUCUACUGAAGAACUAGGAAACAAAACAUCUCACAUUCAAAAGGAUACAAGUUUUAUUGUAAACCCUACGCAGGAAGAUAACAGAAGUGAAUCCAUGGAUGAUUCACAAAAUGUAAAAAAUGACAGUACUAUUAAAGAAAAAGAUGCUUAUUUGUCGGAAAAGUUUCUAGAUAAAACAGUGGCCAAAGAUGGUGUACUCGCGGAUUCCGCCCAGCUCAAUGGAAAGGUGCCUUGUGAAGAUACGUUAAGAAAAACUGAUAACUCAAGUCUUUUGUCUGAAGCAGCAAAAAAAGGUGAAACGAAUAAAAAACCUUAUGAAACAAAAUUACCAGAAAAAGCCAAACUCGCUCAGGAUUCCGAAAGGCAUGAAAUAGAUCAUGGCGUGAGUAAUAAUGAAGUCAUUUCAAAAAAUGGAGUUGAAAUUAAACAAGUAAUAGAAAAACAAGAUUCUGACUACAACUAUAUCGAGGCAAAAGUUAAACUAGAUUACAUGACUACAGAACGUUCUGAAAAAGAACCAGAAGUAUCAAAACUCAUUUCAGAUCAGAACAGAAAAGGAGACGAUCAUGAUCUUUCAACACAACAGCUUGCCUCCGAAAUAACUAGCUCUAUCGUUUCACAAGCGAAACUUACCGUAAGUGAAUCUGGUAGCAUUGUCAAUGACAAAAUCAGACAGGAAUCUGAAGAUAUGAGUAUGGAUUUGAAGGAAAAACCAGACCUAAAAGAUUCUCAAAUGCACACGGAGCUCAGUAGCCAUCAAAUAAAAUGUGAAAAAACACAAGAAAAUAACAUAAGCAAAGAGAAUCGAGAAGAAGAAAGUAACGUGCUCUUUGAAAGAAAAAAGGACAUUGUACAAGUAGAAAAAGACACGAACAUCAAUUUUACAGACCCAAAGGAAAUUAAAUUGGAGGAAAAACGGGACACUAAAAAAGAUGAAGAUACUUCUUUUUCGGUGGACUCAAAUAUGGAAGAUCCUUAUAGUGUAUCUGAGCAGAUGACUGAAGAUACUUUUAAGAACCAACACCAAAAGGACAAGGAUAUAGCUGAACAAGUUAUUCCUACCAAAAAAAACACUAAAGAAGAGGAGCCACUCAAACUAGAACCAGAAAAAUCAAAAUUAGGGGAAAGUGGCCAUUUUACUUCCCAACAGAAAGAGCCUUUAAAAGAAUUAAACUCAGAACUAUGUGAACGACAACCAUCAAAACAGAAAGUUAUUUCAGAAGAUGUAACUGAUAAAAAAAAUGUUACAGUUGCUACAGCAGAAGGCAAAUUAGGAAAAGACGAAUUAUCAGCAUCUGAAGAAGAAGUCACUCAAGAGAAAACAGAGUCACAAACACAUGAUUUGUUAUCGAAGGAGGUAAUAAGUGUUAAAAUAAAAAAUUAUGACUUAUCUGCCGAAGAAAAGGAAGUUUCUUUCAUGGAAAUGAAAUCAGAAAGGGAAGAACAAAUUGACAAAAAAGUGGAUUUAUUGGAGACCAAAGUGGGUAAAGAGAAGUCCCUACUAACAGAGAAACUAGUUUCUGUGAUGGAGGCAAAUCCAAAAGAAGAUGAACAACCCAAAGCAAAAAAAGAUUUCGAGGAAACUGAAAAAGAGCAAUCAAUACCAGCUGAGAAAGAUAUCUUAGAGGGAGAAAGUGCAGGAAAAGCAGAGCAGCCAAGAAUAGAAGAAAAAAUUAUUUCAAAUGGAACAAAAUUUGAAAAAGAAAAACAAUCUGUAGAAACAAAGCAAGAAGAGGUGAAACAAAACUUAGAAAUAAAACAUAUUUUAGAAGAAAUUAAACCAGAAAAAGAAGAAUUACAAACAACAGGGAUUGAAGUCAUUCUACCUGAAAUAAAACCGGAAAAAGAUAAACUUCCAUCAGUAGAUAUAAAAGUUACUCCGCCAAAAACAAGAUCAGAAAAUGAAAAACAACCAACAACAUACAUGAAAGAUACUCCAACGGAAACACAACUAAAAAAGGAAAAACAACCGGUAGCAGAUAUGAAAGCUACUCCACCGGAAACAAAAUCAGAAAAGGAAAACCAAUCAACAACAGAUAUGAAAGUUACUCCAUCGGAAACACAACUAGAAAAGGAAAAACAAUCAACAAUAGAUAUGAAAGUUACUCCAUCAGAAACAAAACCAGAAAAGGAAAAACAACCAAUAACAGAUAUGAAAGUUACUCCAUCAGAAACAAAACCAGAAAAGGAAAAACAACCAAUAACAGAUAUGAAAGUUACUCCAUCGGAAACACAACUAGAAAAGGAAAAACAAUCAACAAUAGAUAUGAAAGUUACUCCAUCAGAAACAAAACCAGAAAAGGAAAAACAACCAAUAACAGAUAUGAAAGCUACUCCAGGAGAAAUGAAGACAGAAAAAGAAAUGUCAAUAACAGAAAUGAGCAUUUCUCCAGAAAAAACGAAACCAGUAAAAGAAGAUGAACUAACAAUCGACAUGAAGGUAAUACCUGAGAAAACUAAACCAGAAAGUGAUGAAGCAUUAAAGACAGAUAUUACAUUGGAAACACAACCGGGACAGUAUAAAUUGCAAGUAAUGGAAAAAAGGAUUAAUUCAGUUGAAACCAAACCACUGAAAGAAGAGCUAAUAACAACAGAAACGGAAAUUAUUAUACAGGAAACAAAACCUGAAAAGGACAAAACACCUGUAGCAGAAACAAAAUCAGAACCGAUCGAGCUGUCGAGAAUAGAUGAAAAAGCUUUUUUGGAAAAGGCAAUGUCGGAUAAGAAUGAACUUCAGUCACCAGAUAAGGAAACUGUUUCAAAACAACUACCAACAGAAGCAAGAACUGAAAUUUUAGUAGAACCAAAACAAGAAAUGGAUAAACUAACAGCAUUAGAAAAUCAAUUUAUUCCAGCAGAAACAAAAGCAGAAAAAGCCAAACAAUCCCCACAAGAACAAGAUAAUUAUUCAAUUGAAACAAAAGCAGCAAGUAAUGAUUUGCCAGUGAUAGAAAAGGAAGCUUCUUUAUCGGAACCAAAAUUAGAAAAAAGUAAAGUGUCAGAAACAGAAACGAAAUCUACUUUAGUAGAAACAAAACAAAAAGAUGAAGUGCCACAAAAAGGAGAAGAAUUUUCAUUAGUUGAAACAAAACAAGAAAAAUAUGAUGUUCUGCAACAAGAAAAGGAAUUGUCAUUAGUGAGAACAAAGCAAGAAAAAGGCAUACCUCCAUCAACUGAAUAUCAAGGUAUUUCUACGGAUUCAACAUCAGAAAAAGAGCACAAAGAUAGUGAAGUCGAAACUAAACCAGUAACUGAUCAGUUGCUAACAGGAGAAGCAAACAUCAUAUUAUUAGAAAAGAAACUAGAAAGUGAUGAAGUUAUAUCAGAAAAGAAAAUCGAUCCUGUGGAUAUUCUUAAAGAAAAAGAUAAGCUAAAUCAAACAGAAGAUGAACUUACCGUAGUAGAAACAAUAGAGCAAAAAGGUGAACUACAAACAACAACAGAGAAAAAAACAAUUUUGGUAAAUCCAAAAUCAGAAACCGAUGGCAUGAAAAUGAUAGAAAAGACUGAUUUACCGAUGGUAGAAAAGAAAAUUGAUUUAUCAGAAGUGACAUUAAAGAAAGAAGAGCUGAUGAAACCAGAAGAAAAAAUAGCUUGUGACAAAAUUCUACUAGACAAAGAUGAGCUGUUACAAACAGAAAAUAAGCUUAAACCAUUGGAACCAAAAGAAGAAAUAAAUAAACUGCUAACAAUAGAAGAGAAAACUGCUCUGGUAGAAACUGAAGAAGUACAGGACAAAUUGUCUUUAACUGUUGUAAAUGGAGAACCCCCAAAACAGGAUGAAUCGUUAACAACAGAGGAGAAAUUUGUUUUAGUGGACUCAAAAAUAGAAAAGGAAGAACUCAAAACAGUCGAAAUGAAAGUCACGUCAGGUGAAACACAAGCAAAAAUAGAUGAUAUAGCAAAAGAAACGACAAAACCUACUUCAACGAAAGAAAAACCAGAAAAAGAAAUACCACAACACAAAGCCAUUCCGGUUGAAACAAAGCUAGGAAAAGAUAAAGAAAAUGUUAUAACAGAAAAGAAACAUGUUUUAGUGGAAAGCAUGCCAGAAAAGACUCAAUUGCCCGUCAGAAAGGACGAAAUAGUCUUUGAAGAAAAUAUAUCUGGUGAAGGUAAAUUGAUCGCAACAAAGAAAGCGAGUGAAAAAAGUGACCUAAAGUCACCAGAAACUAAAGCUCCUGAAGAAGAAACAAUAUCGAAAAAAGCUGAUACGUCAACAGAAGAGGAAAAGAUUAGUUCAACAGAAACAAAAACUGAUAUUUCGAUAGAACCGACAGAUGAAAAAGGUGCUAAAAUUGUAUCAGAACUAAUAAAAAACUCAAAAACCGAAUUUAGACACAUAGCGGUAGGAAUUGAGCCACGUUUCAUUCGAAUUGCAAGCUCCUGUGGAGAAGAAACUGAGAUUGAAGAAACUAAUGAAACACGAGAAAUUGAAAUAUCCGAUGAUAUGGUUGAAAGCGAUGAACAAGCUGCUACUGCUGGCGCUAGUGGCACUGGUGAAGUUGAACAACCUCAAAUGCAAAUAACAGAAUAUCAGUAUACUAGUCCAGAAACCACUAGAACUACUGACAAAGAAGAGGAAGACUCUAAGUUAAAUAUAGAUGAUAAAGAGAAAAUUUCGUUGACAAAGAAAGAACCUGAGAAAAGCAAAGAAGUUCCUGAGGCUCAUUAUAAAGAUAAAAUAGUGGAAAACUAUAAAGAAACUCCAUUAACACAUUCUGAUGACAAAGUAAAGGAACACGGUGAAGAAAUGUCGCAAACAAUAGUGACAAAAAGUACUCAACCAUUUGUUUCUGAUGCUCAAGUACCGGUCAUUGGUGAUUUAUCCGUCACUGCUACCAGUGCGCCAAAGCAAACUCAUUUAAUAUCCGAAAGUACAAUACAAAAUGAUAUUUCUUUAGACAUAUCUAUGAAAGAUAAGUCCUCAGUAAAAACUGAAGGUCAAUUAGAAACUACUAGCAAUAAAGAAGAACCAACUAAGGGCAUAUCUGGUGAAUCAUUUAUUUCUGACGAUAAAAGUGCUGACGAAGGUAUAGAUACAAGGAUCCCGAUCUCACCAACUAAAGAAGAUGAAAGCGAAAACAACGUGAAAGAUAAACCUAUUGUUGGUUUAGAUGAAAAAAAAGUAGAAAGUAUACAGGAAAAAGCAGAAACAGCUGUGCUAGAUGACGUUAAACUGAAUGAGGUUGAAGGAAUUAAACCUGUUGCACAGUUUCUAACUAAAGAAGCUGUUAAAGAAAAAGAAAACUUAUCUCAAGCAAAAGAAGACGUUCAAACAGUAACAAAAUCAAUCGAGAAAGUAACAGAAGAAGAAGGGAUAGCUUUAACUGAAGAUAAAAAGGAUAAAGUACCCAAAGUAAGUUAUAUUGAAGAAGGGGAAAAAAUUCAAAGUCCAAAACCCGAUGAAAUUAAAGAAGUUGCAGACUCUGACACAGCAAAACCAAAAGUAGACAUACCAAAAGAAAAACCCGAAGAUAAAACCCCUGAAGGAGCGACAGAUACAUCGAAACCUUUAGAGCAAAAGAAGGAGAGCAUUUCUUUCAAAGAUCAACAAGAAAAUAAAUCUAUCAAAGAUCAUUCAGAACUUGAAAAAACUAAAACUGAUGAGGAUAUAAAAGUUGUAGAAGACAAAACUAAUCUACAUGAUGUCCUCCCUUGUGACUCCACGGUUAUACCAGAGAAACAAGAUAACCAGCAACAGAAAGCUAUUGUGAAAGAAGAAAAGGAAGCAAAGGGAAGAGAAUAUGAAGAAAUACAACUUGUUAAAGAAGAUGUAGACAACAAAGAUAAAACAGCUGCAGAUGAAUUAGAGGAUAAAUAUGUAUUACGAAUGCCUGUUGAUUCACCGAAAAGAGAAAUACUUAAGGAAGAGACUCAAGUAACAGCUACACUUGAUGAUAAAGAAGUCAUAGGUAAAACUACUGCAAAAGACGAAACUGGCAAAACUGUAGAACCAAAGCACGAUGAAAACAAAAUAAACGUUGACAAAGGAACAGAAAAACGUGAAGACAAAGAAAGCAAACUUCAAGAGAAACAUAUACUACAACAUGAUAUAUCCCCAGAUAUUUCGGAUGCUAAAGAAGUGAAACUACAGGAUAAACCGCUGCCAGAAGAAACAUCAAUUGAAGAUACAGAGAAACUAAAGGAAAUAAUCAGAACUGACGAACACAAAGAGGAUAAACUGAUAAUAUUACAUGAAAAAGAACAAAUUAAGACAGAUGAUAAUAAAGUGCAAAUUGUACAACCUAUUAACGAAAAAUCAACUGUGACAAGUUAUAAGACAGAAGAUCAAAAGGAUACAGUAAAUAAAGAACAGCUAACUACGUUAAUGGACAAGGAUCUGGUAAAAGAGCCGAAAGAGGAAGAGAAACAGACCCAACUCGAAGCAGAAUACCCUCUGUUUGAAAAGACUGACAAAAAGGAACGUUCUAUAGAUACAGAUAUAGACUACACAACGACUACAGAAAAAAUAAUUCCUGUUGAGGACGAUAAAGCUCUUCAGAAGAAGCUCAUUGGAAAAGGAAAACUAGAUUCCACUCCAUCUAGUGUUCCAUUGCAACUGGCUAAAGAUAAAGUUGUUACAGAAGAAGUUAUGGAGAAUAAUUUAAAAGAAAAACCAUCUCUAUUAUCAGAAGAUGCAUAUGUGUCAAUAAAAAAGCCAGAGACCGAGGUAUUGCUUUUAGAUAAUGAUGCAGCAAAGGAACCAACAAAGCAACCACUGGAGGAUAGCGAUUCUCGGAUUGAUUUAAAGCAAAAGGUAGAUGAAAAGCACUUUGAGGAAAUAGAGGAAAAACAGGGAGAUAUACCAAUACAAGAAACAGAAAUAAAAUUAUUAAAAUCUGAAGAAGAUGACCUAAUUUCAAGAGAAACCUCACCGAAAGCUCCUUCAACAUCAACAGAACCUUCCAAUGACAAAUCACUUCCGACUUCACCGACAAAGGAAGCUAAAGUUAAAGAGCAACCAAAACAGUUCGUGAAGUCGCCCACAAAACUAAGGCCUUCCAGAACACCGCCAAAGACGCUUUCUCGAAAAGAAGUCGCUGGUUCUCCUGAAAUCCCGAAAACAAAGACACCAACGUCACCGAUAAAGAGACUAAGCCAUUCACCCAAAAAGGCACCUCUGCGGAAUGGUAUUCCUUCUCCAACUAAAUUUCCACAAAGGUUACCGCCGAUCAAGGCUCCAGUUGGCCAAGCACCGAUGCCAAACCUGAGAAAUGUGAAAUCUAAGAUCGGGUCUCUGGAUAAUAUUAAAUAUAAACCCUCUGGAGGAGAGAAAAAGCAACUGUUAACAAAGAAGUUGGAAUGGGUCGCUGCUCCGAGGGUUGGAUCAUUGGAAAACACAACGUACAAACCUGGCGGUGGAGUGAAGAAGAUAACAACUCAGAAACUAGAAUGGAAGGUGGAACCCAAAGUAGGAGAUAAGAAUAUUGGUUAUACCCCAGGAGGUGGGCAAGUUAAGCAUGGUGACCGUGAAAAGCCUGCCUCAGUAAUCGAAUCUCGAAAGUUGGAAUGGAAACAAAAAGCUUCAUCCAAAGUUGGUUCAAUGGACAAUGUUAAGCAUAAACCGGGUGGUGGUCAGACAAAGGUCAAGUCAGAAAAGAUGAUUUUAAAGGACAAGGUUUCUUCUAAAGUAGGUUCACUACCUGCUUCAGAGAAAGCUAGUAGUCAAGGUUCAGAAACUAAGAGCCCUAUUCAUCCAUCUUCCCCACAGUUCGAUGAGCAAUCACAACUUCCUCCAGUAGAUGAACCUUAUGAUGAAGAGCCAACAGAAACAAAUGAACAAGAAGAUGAGGCAACAAGCCAGAAACCAGAAACUGCAGAAGAAGCUCUUGGGCUACAAGAUGAUGAAUCUAAGCCCGAAGUGGUAGAAACAGCAACAGAACCAGAAGCGACGAAAGAAUAUAAAGAUGAAGAUGCUGCAACAGAAGACAAACCAGAAACAACAGUUUCAGCUGAACCAAAAACAGCAGGGGGAGUUACGCCAGAAUCUACAGGAAUAGGAGUAGACCACGAGAAAAGUGAAACGAAGGAUGCUAAGGAUGGCGAUGUAGCUGAAAAACCCCCAGUGGAGUGCUGAUGCCCAUUGUGUGGUGUAAACAAUACUGUGUUUGUCAAGCUAGUGUCUAGAUAGUGAGAUAUAACUCUUGCAAAUUAACUUCUCCUUACAUGUUUCUAGCCAGGUCCAGAUCUUUUUUUGUUGUUGUUGUUGUUUUGCUUUCAGGGUUAAAAAUUUGACAGUCGUAAGUAAAUGUAAAUUUCAGCUUUUUAUUAUUCAUAUUGAGUCUUUUGAACCUUGUCUUGGCUAAGUAAUAAUAUAUAUAUAUAUCAGUUAUUCAUUGCUUGUAAAGUUGUAUCCCUUAUUACAUCUAUAGCAAUGAAGAAAAAAUAAAUUAAUAAAAACGUCGAUGUCAGAAUUUUAUAGUUAGCAGUUUAAUAUUAAAACUGCUCAUGACCUGUUAAAACAUUAUAUUGUGUUGUCAUACGUAGUUUGUACUUCCUUUUGAAUGGUAUUAUAGAACAAAUAUUAUAUUGUGGUUUAUGUAUAACUCAGAAGAUAAGCAAAAUACUUAGAAAAUAUCCCUAUAGACAAAUCAUACCAAUCAGAAAUGUUGUGUUUAAUCUUUAUCACUGUUUAUAUGUUAGAUAUUAGUAGGAUGUAAGAUCGUAUCGCCAUACCAUCUUCUCUAAUCAUGAAAUGCUUUUGAUAUAUAUAUCUGCAUGUCCUGCUACGUUGUGUAAUGUAUCCACUGAUGUAGCAUGUGUGGCUGAGGAUUUUAGCAGGGUUAAAUAAGUAGACAUUAGCAAUUUGAAGGCAUUGGCUCAUAUGAAACUUUAUCGAGACUUAUUGUAUUUGUUAUAUUGUUUGAUUUGAAGCACGCGAGGAUAGCAAUGAUAAUUUAGUUCAAAAUGGAAAAAUAUAUCAUUUAUGUGAUUUUAAAAACAUUUGAAAAUGUCAUGAUAAGAGUUUUACGUGAUACUUUAUAAUUAAUUACAUCCUAUAUGAUCCAUCCAGAAUAAUGUCCCUCCCUGUGACAAUUUGAUUUGAAAGCCGAUAAUUUUCUUUUAUAUAAUAAUUAUGACAUUGAAAAGCGGGUAUCUGUUGCUUUGUGAAGACUAUAAGCUUUGUUUUGGUUAUGUCUUUGCUCUUAGAACCGUCUUGAAUUGCUGAUUUUUCCAGAACAAGUGGUAGGGAUACGGUAAAGAGACCAUUAAUAUACGAGCUGAAAAUAUUUGUUUGCUCUUAUGUUUUGGAAAACAAUUUUAUACAAAGCGUCAACAAUAAUUAUGCGACCUCUCACCUGCUUCAUAAACGUAUAUGUUCAAUGUGAUAAAUCACGUAGGGGAAAAGUUUCGUUUAGUAAGAUAUUUAGUUUAACGAUUGCCUAAGUGCGUCCCCCGGUGAGUCAGCUGUAAGUUACAAUACUAAAAUACGGGGGUGCGAUUCCCCUCGGUAGACAGAGCGCAGUUAGCCCAUCGUGUAGCUUUGCGCUAAGAAUAAACAAAAACAACAGCCUUAAGUGCCGAAUGUAGAAAAGAAUUGUGAGACAUUGAUUUCUAGAGUGCCUAUUUUGCUCUUGGAAAACAAAGCAUGCGUUAUAUUAGUUUAGUAAUACAGUAUAAAAUACGUGGAAGACAUAUCUUUCGUGAAGUUAUUUUCAUUAAGAAGAUUAUAAAUCAGUGCCUGAGGAGGGUAAAUUUAGAAUGUGAUACAAAAAAUGUAUUGUUAUUUCAACAAUUGUAAAAAACGCCAAAUAUAGUUACAAUACAAACUAAAAAAAAAAAUCCUUCUUUUUGAGCACAUCUCGUAUCUCCAAGAAUUGAGAAUACUUGAAUAUGUGCUAAGAAAAUAUAAAGGAAAGCGUUUUCCUAAAAUGAAAGAUGAUCGAAAUGAUAUCUGGGUUUAAAAAGAAGAAGUUCGUGAAUACAUCAGAGUCCUUUUUUUUAAAUCUCAAGCUGAAAGUAUUGAAUAUUUGGAUAAAGAAGAAACAUUUGAUAUAUUUCUUUACGAAAUCAAUAAACACGUGUAUUGGACAACUGAUCAGAUAUGGUAAGACGUCGUUGGAACUUGUACUGAGAAAAAAAAACUAUCAGAUAAAAGCUGAAAGUUCUUUUUUUCCUCUCUUGUUGCUUAGGUAGUGUCAAACUUUGAAAGAAGGUUUUUCUUAGUUUGUAGAAAUCUAAAAGCCCUCCUUCGAAUGGAAUGCAAGUUGGCAGAAAGUAUGUAUUUUAUGUAAAUGUUAGAACUGCUAUACUUUAACUAUGUGCUUAUUAAAUCUAUUUGUGGUUUGGUGACUCUUACGGUAAGCAUGAUUUGUAUGGUUGAUGGUCUGGUUUGUUUUAUAUAAUUAAAUCGAAUUUUUAACGUGAAUCUCUAAUAGGGAUUAACAAUUUUACUUCUUUGCAUAGGAAAAUUAAUUUUCGAUGUUUGCGCUAAACUUGUGUUGCAAAUGCCUCCUGCAUGAAUGAUACCAUUCCUCAUGUCUCUCUCGCACGAACGAUGUUCAUAGAUUUUUCUAUAAACUUCAAAUUGAGUUUUUGAAACAAGAUGUUUUAUAAACAGUAUAUUUUAAUGAAGGAUUCAACAUCUAAUGCAUUUAGAUAGUUCAACAUUCUGGAAUUAAAAUAGUUUUAACUGGUACAAAGUUUUAAAAGUUUCUAUGCUAACAGUAAUUCUGGCUUUUCGUUUUUUGAUUUAUAUCAGUCCAAUUAAGGACCUAGGAAGUGAACAUGAACCAGUCCAUUCGGCUUUGUUGAAGAAGUAUUUAACUUCACCACAAUUUGUUCAGAAAUUAAACGUGGUUAAUCCUCAAGUUUAAUAACUAAUGAAUACAGAAACCAAUUUCGCGGUAUCUAGUUGUCUCCAUUCUUUUAAACUUUCAUUCUAGAACAAACUAUCUAACGAAUUAUUUUGCUCUGAUGGUGAAUUAGAGAGCUCGUACUUUUUAUAAGUCUAAAAUAACAUCUGUAAAAUUUGAUGUGUGAUAGAGUCAUAAGGUUUAAACAAGUUCCUUAAUUUGUUGUAAACUAAAAAUGAAAAAUAGAUCUAGUCGAUCUUAAACGAGUUUAAAAAGUAAUUUUAUAUUUGUGAAUGUAACGUUAACGAUGUGAUAAGAUCGUGUUAAUGCUUCAAUGGAGCGUAAGAAAUUAUAUCAAAAUUGUUUGAAAUGAAAUAUGUAACUUUAGUACAACCAAUAAUUUACUUCAAUGAUUAUUUUACUGCUAAAAGGGACAAUAUUAACUUGAUAAUAUGAGAUAUAUUACUAAAAGUAUCACUUGAUUUAGAGUAAUUUUUUGGAUGGUAAACUAAGUAAUUUAUUAAUACUUGAGAUUUAUAUUGUUUUAAAAACUGACUUAUCGGAAUAAUAUUUUACACACAUAAGAUCUAGUAUAACUUACUUACGUAGAUUUUGUUGUUCAAAAGUUACGUAAAUGUGACUUUCAAACUAGUACGUAAAACCCUGAGUGUUUAUCUAAUCUAAAUGAAAAAUGUAUAUGAUUAAAUGGCUUUAUAGUUUUGUAAAUGUAUGGAAAGUCCUGUGUCUACAGGCUACAGUAGUGUAUGGUUUGAAGGACCGAACUUGUUUGUAUGAAGCUGAUUAUGAGAAAAACUGAAAGCAGAUUACAAUAAGACUUGUUUGUGUUUUUGCAUAAUUUGCUUUUACUCUUUGUCUACUUGAUUCUGUAAACAAGAUCACACGUCUGUAUUUUUAGAGCCUUCCAAUAAAGUUGCGCCGUGAAAUAAUUGGA